UUGUUCUUUCCUUUUCAUUGAUUCGUCCUCCUUUGACACACAAUAGAGAUGUUUUGCCGUGUUUCUCCGGAGAUUCACAGUCUUCCCGCGCAAGAUUCUGCGUCGUAAAUCGACGCCUUGUGCGUGACUCUUUAGUCGAAAAUUUUGUGAAAAUGUUUUGAGAUUUCGAAGACGAAGAUUACAAAGUGAGCUGAGUGCCGAUAGCGUUCGAUCCUAGUGAGCAUUUCCAGAUUGUCAGUGGCGCAAGUACAGCGUAGAACACGCGAGCGCGAUUGUGCAUUCCUCUUGUAUCUUUAAUAUUGAGAUUUCAUUCUCCCUCGAUAAAAGUUCUCUCUAGUAGCAAAAAAAAAGAGAAAAAUCUACGAACACGCGAGCUGAUGAUUUCGAUUAAUCUCAAGAUGAUGUCCUGGAAGGACCAGAUUUUCGUAGAUUUUACUACCUCUACUGGAUCGAAUGAUUCUAAUUGGGAAAGAGAGACGAAUCCCUCGCAUUGAUGAAGAGGAUUGUGUUCUACACACGAGAAGGAAUCGAACUCGUGAGAUCCAAUCGUAGAUCUGUGAGAGAGCUCGAUCAGAUCACUCAAGCGAGACCGGUGCUUUAACCUUCAACUAGCAGCAUCCAUUGUUCGGAGAUUUGUGUGAUGAUCAUCUCUAAACCUCAUUGCAUGUCUGGAGACCGGCAGGGUGCAAAAUAGCGAAGCGGGGAAAGAAAAGAGGAAGAAGAACGAGGAGGGAGUUACCUGCGUACGUGCGUGGCCACAUACGCGUGCAUGGAAGAAGAAGGACCACGCAGGACCACGAAAACACGGCACGUGAGAGACCGGGGCGGAGCAAGGUGGCGGCUCUGUUAAGUCACCAACUUCCGGCGCUAGCGGCGGAAGAAUGUCGAGCGUCGGGAAUAGUCCUGACAGAAUGGGUGUUCAAUCCCUCUAUUCCUUACGGUGGAACAAUCAUCAAGCCCACAUACAACAGUUCUUCCAAGAACUGCUGCACGAAGAGAAUCUGGUCGACGUGACCCUGAUUUGUGCCGAGAGUAGCGUUAAGGCACACAAAGUCGUCCUCAGUGCCUGCAGUCCUUUCUUCCAAAAGAUAUUCGCGGAGAAUCCAUGCAAACAUCCCGUGAUCGUGCUGAAGGAUUUUUCGAAUCAUGAAUUGUCCACGCUGAUCGACUUUAUGUACGGCGGCGAGGUGAAGAUCGCCCAGGAGGAGCUGCCGGGUCUGAUGAAAGCCGCUGAAUGUCUACAAGUGCGCGGUCUAUCGUCGUCGGAACCUAGGUUGGUGUCGGAGGAACCCAGGCCGUCGUCAUCCUCGUCGACGCUCCUGGAGUUUACCACGCCGGAGGACGCGCGACACGACACUCCGGAGGAGGACGACAACACGUUGGAGAACGCGAGGGAGAUCAAGCCCACGCUGUUCCUACAAACGAGGGACCAUCCUAAAUCGCAUAUUGGCCAUAUGAAUUACAGUAUCCGCGAGAGUUGUAGCUCACCACUGAUGCCGCGUCGAAAGCAGGCACGUCCGCGCCGACGUUCCGGAGAACCGCAGGAUCUGAGCAUACGCUCGAGUCCGCCGGCCAGUUUGAGUCCGUGCUUGCCAAACGUUUUAAAUCUCAGUGGUAACCAGCACCAGGCGCAGCAACAACAGUUGCAGCUUCAGCAGUCUCAGUAUCCUCAGCAACAAAUGAUGAAUAGGAAUGAUCAGCAACAACUGAUGAAUGCUCAACAAAAUCAGCAGCAUCAGCAAGAGGAUAUAGCGGAGAAUCUCUCGAUGAAGAAAUCCGUAUCGCCGAGCGGACUGGACCAACACCGUGUGAAGACAGAGGGUAGCGAAGCGACGAGCAGUCCGAGGGGUUCGCCGCUUACGGGGACUAGUCUACUGCAUCCAGAGGGUUCCAUACAAGACAUAGCGGCGGCGGUCGCCACCGUGAUACCGUCGAUAUCUCUGUCGCAAUCGCAUCCUCCCGAGUACCUGACAAGCCUCAAUCAGCUAGCGAGCCAAUGGCUGCCCGGGCAAAGUCCACUGCCGCCGCCACCUUCGCAGAGUCAUCAUCCGCGUGAAGACAGUCCUCACGGGUCCGGGAGGUCGCUUCCGUAUCAGCAACAGCAGCAACAGGAAUCGGCAAUAGUGUCACGACGUCCGUCCAUGGCGAUGUUUCCAUUGGACGGCGUCACUCUCGGCGGUGGACUCUUCUCUCACGCCGGCACGUACGACAGAGCACUCGCGGACUCGUUUCUCACGGAUAAUUUCAAGCAGGAGGCGUUGCAGAACAUUUUCGGUGCUCCAAAUCUCGCUCCACCUCCCAAGAAAACGAAAAAGCAUCGGAGCGAAAGCGACGGAACGCCACGUAGAUGGAACGAUCACAAUAGCCGCGCACUCGCGGUGAACAGGCCGAAGGGGCAGCACAGUGCGCCGCGAGGAGGACCGCCGAGAUCGUGGACAAAUAACGAACUUACGUUAGCUCUGCAGCAUGUCUGGGAGAAGAAGCUUACCACGUCUCAAGCCAGUCGUCUGUUCGGCAUUCCCUAUAACAGCCUGCUGAUGUAUGUGCGCGGCAAGUACGGGAAGAGUCUCAAGUUGGAACAACUGCGUAAAAACUGUACCGGCGGCAACACUCCCGAGAUUAUGAACAACAACAACAUCAAGCCCGUCCAGCAAUCGGCGCAGAUAAGCCAUGCGUUCGCCGGCCUGUCGUUGCAACAUCCAGGUGACAACAGCUUCGCCCAUCGUCCUUUGAUCGGCGGCAACAUGCCGCAACCGCAGAGCUUCUAUCCCGCCGAGUACGCCGCCGCGCCCUAUCCCUUGGCGGUGAAUAUGGUGCAUCUGUUACCUCCAAGUGAGCAGAAAACUUUCGAAUCGUCCGCGAACUCGAGCGGCGACGGAAGUGGAUGUCUAGGCGGUGGUGGAGACGGCAACGGUGGCGGCGAUCUGACGAACUCGCAAACCAGCGAAACACCGUCGCCCAUAGUCGAUCAUCAUCAUCAUCAGGAGUCGUCGUCGUCGUCGUCGAUGCAGCAGCCCUCGCAGUCGGCGCCCCCGUUGCUGCAGCAGAACGGUUCGGAUUAGAAUUAAGUAGAGUACCAUUUGGAUAUAUGGCUAUGGUGUACGAGGUAUGUGUUGAUGUUUGAUGCGACAAUUGAUUUGUUAUAUACCUUUGCUCGCGAGGACUGGCGGAUGGUCGAUUAGCAUUUCGGUUACGAAUGACGUACGUAUACAUAUUUAUAUACUGAUGCAGAAAAAUCCGCGAGUGCGCGCCGCGAGCGCGAAUACAAUAGAUCUUGGACGUAACUUCCCAAGAUGUUUUGGCCAAAGUUAUCGCGAUACGUACUUGCGUAUUUGUGAAUCUAAAAGAUUAUAUCCAUUUUUAAUACACUCCCUCAUACUCGGAAACGAAGCUGAUCGAUUCGAUAAGUUUGGAUGCAACGACAUGUCUAGCUAGAAUUCGAGAAGUUCAUUUAUAGACGGGAAAGAAACAGUUUUACGUUUUCUCGCAACCGAUUGGGUUAAUUAAUAUCGCGAUAAUUAAUCGAGCGACUCCCUCCGUGAAGCUCCUUAUCGCAGGUGUGCGGGGUAUAUAUAGGUUUACACGCGCGUAAUUCUCACACUAUCCUUCACAAGACUGACUUUUACCAACCGACUCGCAGCUCUCCCGAGGGUGACACCCUCGACGAACAUUCGAGCUUUUGCUCGAAUCCACGCUUAAGCGGCAUUAAUUGCUCUCCGCUCUCGUUUCUGUGCUUGACAUUGUUUUGGGUUUCGUUUUUUUUUUCUUCGUCGGGCUGGAUAUACACGUGAGAUUUCUGCCGCUGUCAAAAUCGCUGUCCUUGAUAGCGAAAUUCUCGGCGAACGCAGUUUAGAAGCUGAGCGUCCCAACGAGCAUCUUGACUCAUCUAUUCGAUAGUUUUACUAUCGAAUAAAUAGUUAAAAGUGACUAUCAAUCGCACAUCUCGUUAAAUGAUUGCAGAACGAGUUGUCGGAAGUGUAUCUUGAUAAUGAGAUUCUCGAGUGUACAUCCUCCCUUCGAUGUUAAAAUGGACGAUGUUCAUUCGUUCGCGUUCGGAUUCAGUCGCAAAUUCACCGGACGGUAUCGUCUUGCAUUAUGCGUCGAUUUUUUCGAGAAGAACGUCGCGAAUCGUUGGACCUUUUCGCGCGAACGAAAUGACAUCGAGAAAUUUUGCCGACGCGAUCGAGAAAACUUUCGCAUCACUGCUAUACGAAAUAGUUCCUGCUGCAAAAGCGCAUCAUAUACCAAAUAGUAUUGCGAACGGUUACGUAAAAUAUAUAUAUAAUGUCUGUGCUGAAUGGACUUACGAUCAUUGUCGAUAUUAAUCCGAGCAUCUCAAACGGGAAGUGACGAUCAUAUUCGCGAUAGAUACUGAAAUUGUAGGAGACGAAAUUCUUUUUUGUUAUGGUAAGACGUAUGACGAUAUUAUGUUGGAAAACUCGUUUUAAUUUAGCUUUGACUUGAGAGAUUGAAAUCAAUUAAACAGAUUUCAAUCUUUCUUAAUGAACAAUGCAAUUCUGUUUGAUAAUAUUAAGUCUUUUGAUCUUAUUCUUGCACUGUGGGGGUUAUAUAUAUAUAUAUUGAA